AUGGCAGCAACAAUGGCAGUCCAACAACAGGCCGAGGACACUCGUCCUCGUCAGCUCGUCGUAGAUACGAGGAUGGAAGUCCAAUACGCUGAGACAGUCUCUUCAGCAUCAUCAACCGCCUCGUCAAUCUGUGAUGGAUCAGAAGGCGGACAUGAGUCUGCGUCCUCUGCGUCCUCGGUAGCAGACGACGACAGCACGUGCCCUUCUCCAAUAUCGCCAACGUCUCCGACGUCAACCGUCUUUACGAUCGAGAAAGAAAACCAAAGUACUGGCUCUCCUUUCUCAUCCUCACCCGAUCUCGAGGCCCAGCUCAACGAGGUUGAUAGUUUCUCCCAGAAACGUCUGGGCUUCCUCCGCUACACGGCCUUGAACGUCUACCGGAGACUAUUUAGCAUUGCCUUCAUCGGAAACGUCAUCGCCUUUAUCGUCCUUGCCAUCAAGGGUACUACUACACUCGACCUUGUAAACGCAUCGGCCAUCAACCUCGCCGUUUGCGGUCUCUGCCGGCAGCCUCUCGUCAUCAACGCCCUGUUCCUGACGUUUGGUGCUCUUCCAAGGUCAACUCCUAUGCGCUUGCGCGGACUGGCCUGCAAGGUCUUUCACUUCGGUGGCGUACACAGCGGUACCGGGGUAGCCUCCUGCCUUUGGUAUAUCGGCUUUGCCGCUCUCUAUACCUACGAAUUCCGCCCAUCCAAAUUCGCUCUUCCCGCUCUCGUCCUGAUUUGGAUGGUGCUGGCCCUCCUGCUAGCCAUCAUUUUUGUCGCAUACCCAACUUUCCGCAUCCGACGCCACGACUACUUCGAGCUAACACACCGUUUUGCGAACUGGCUCAUCCUUGUCAUCUUCUGGGCGCUUCUCUUUCUCCUCGCCUGUGACCAGCAAUUGCCCCUUGACACCUUCCUCAUCAACCUCCCCGCCUUCUGGAUACUCAUCAUCCUUACCUGCGCCACAAUUCAUCCCUGGCUUCUCCUCCGUCGUGUCCCCGUCGUCGCAGAACCCCUCUCCGACCAUGCCAUCCGCCUGCACUUCACCCACACAACCAUCAGAUUUGGCCAGGGCAUCUCCGUCGCACGCCACCCGUUGCGCGAUUGGCACAGCUUCGCAAGCUUCACCGAUCAAUUUGAUUCCCCCGACACAAAGUUCUCUGUGCUGGUCUCCAAAGCGGGCGACUGGACCAAGGACUGCAUUGCGAACCCGCCCAAGUGCCUCUGGAAACGGGGCGUGCCGACUUACGGGUUUGGGUACGUCUUCCGGAUGUUUGAGCGCAUAAUUGUUGUUACGACGGGCUCAGGAAUCGGGCCGUGCUUGUCUUUCCUAGAAGACGAGAAGAGACCGGCUAUGAGGGUUGUUUGGCAAACGAAGAGCCCGCUUAAGACGUACGGGUCUAGGACACUGGAUCUGGCGAAGAAGUUGGAUGAGAAGCCGGUGGUGAUCGAUACCUCCGUGUCGGGAAGAGUUGAUAUGCUGCCGAUUGUGUUGAAGUUGUACAAGGAGUUUGAUGCCCAAGCUGUGUGUGUGAUUAGUAACAUGCCGGUGACGAAGGGGUUGGUGUAUGCCCUGGAGACGAGGGGAAUUGCGGCUUAUGGCCCGAUUUUUGAUAGUUGA